UGUGCAUCACUCUUGCACUCUUUCUGAGAAUUUUUCUGUUGUUUGUUAAUGUUAAUUUCUUUAGGCUACUCUAAAAUAAAUUCGAAAUGCAACAGUUUGGAUAAGAGAAUAUUUCAUUAUGUGAAAAGAAAUGCAUGACGUAAAUACUGUCAUCUGUAUAUUGGCCAAACACCUAAAAUAAAUAAAUAAAUAAACGUCAGAAAAACAGCAUUCUGGAAAAAAGCGCGACUUCCCAUCUGGAGAUACAGGCUGCUACUUUAACACGCUACUUCUAUGUAAAGUCCCAGGCGCGUAUAAUACGAGUACCAGGCACGGGGUUGCCAAGUCCUUGAUUUCCCCGCGGAUUUGGGCUACUUUGUCACAGGUGCAGCAGGUUAAAUCGAUCUCCACGGAACUCGAUUUUAACAAACGAGGAGACCGACAGAGGGGAAACACUUGGAAAAAACGCGUUUGGGUUAGUUUUGAUUAGAAAUCGGAUGGUUUGGUUUUGCACACCUGGCAACCCUGAAACACUGAUAAGGGUUAAUGUUGUUUACGAGCGUUUCAGACAUUAUGGGGAAGUUAGCAGUUUUCUCUUUAGCUGUUAUUGCUCUGGCAGCUUUCGUUGGAGAACGACUCGUUGCACUUAGGCAUGUAUUGCUUUACUCCAGAGAACUUACCCAAAACUACCUUCCUAACUGCCACCUAAUAGAGGGCAUAGAGUAUGGAGCUGAAGAUAUUACCAUGCUUGAUGAUGGAUUGGCUUUUCUGAGCACUGGCUUGAAGUAUCCAGGCUUACCAUCCUAUUCAGAUGACCCUGGAAAGAUCUACACCCUGAAUCUGUUGGAUUCUGAACUGAAAAUUAAAGCACUGAACAUCAAGGGAGACUUUGACAAAGACUCUUUUAAUCCACAUGGAAUCAGCCUGUACACAGAUAACAAAGAUGGCGCCAUAUACCUGUUUGUUGUGAAUCAUCCUCAAGGCAAAAGUCAAGUGGAGAUUUUCCGAUUUGUUGAGAAUGAAAAUGCUCUUCAAUACAUCAAGACCAUCAAGCAUGAACUCCUGCACAAUGUGAAUGAUAUAGUCGCUGUGGGGACCGAAAGCUUUUAUGCCACCAAUGAUCAUUACUUUAUUAAUGAGAUUCUCAAGCUUGUGGAGCAUUUUCUGUCUUUGCCCUGGAGUGACGUCGUCUACUACAGCCCUCAGACCGUGCAGGUUGUGACAGGGGGGUUUCCAUCUGCCAACGGCAUAAAUAUCUCCCCUGACAAAAGGCAUUUGUAUGUGUCAAAUAUCCUGAAACACAAAAUUAGUGUGGUGGAAAUACAGAAAAACACUGUAUUGUCUCAUGUAAAGGAGGUUGAUGUGGGGUCACUGUGUGACAACAUUGAGGUGGACCGCGAAUCUGGAGAUCUAUGGCUGGGCUGCCACCCAAAUGGUCUCAAAUUCCUGCUUAGUGAUCCAAAUGAUCCGCCAGGCUCUGAGGUUAUCAGGAUUGAAAACAUUCUCUCUGAAAAGCCCAGGGUGACUCAGGUAUAUUCAGAUGACGGCAGUGUGAUUGUUGGUUCUUCGGUGGCAACCCAAUAUGGAGGAAAGUUGCUCAUUGGAACCGUUUAUCAGAAAGCUCUGAUCUGUGACCUUAAAUUGUGAAUAUACUCACUUAUGGGUAAGAAUAAAUAUUGGCUGUUUAAAGAAUUUGUCUGAAUAGAGUCAUUUUAAAGGCAACACAAAACAAAGUCGAGGCCUUUUAUAGGGUAAAGUUUGAAAAAACAAUCCAUGAUAUAAAUUUGGCUUAACAGGCUGAUUGGGUUGAAGUGGGAAGAAUAAAUAAAUAUUUGACUUGGAUAGGGCAUAUAAUUCCAGAUAUUUUUCAACAAAGAAAUUAAAGAGUGGACAUGCUAAUUAUAUUUGGCUUGUUGAUCUCUAAAAUGUCAAUUAGUGCCAAAACUUGUAGUUUUGAGUUAACUUAUAAUUUGAUUUUACAAUGGCCUAUGACGUUGUAAUAAGUGAUAUUUUAAUAAUAUAUGAUGUCAAUGAAAAUUAAUAAUUUAUGAGUGAACAUUAUGAGCGAUAUCCUGCCAAAUUGAUAGUUUGAUAGUAACAGAUAAUACUGUAAUGUGUUGCAACUAUGUGUUGAAAUGUUUUGGAUGUUUCUCUGGUGGGGCAGUGUGGUUGUCACAUGUUUUGAAAGAGAGAGGGCAUGCAACUAAACAAGCCAAAGGUCUUUUUCUUAAAGACUAAAAUAAUCUGUGUUCAAAACCCUUGCUACUAAAGCAUUACUAGAAAAUCAGAUAAUUGUAGCCUGUGUGUGUGUAUAUGAGGAACAACAGAUUUUUUGACAUUGUAAAUAAUUUAUUAACUGACACUUUAAUGCUGAGUGUGAUUCAGUUAAGUUGAUUACUCUGGAAUCAAUGAUUAGCACAUUUAUUUGAAACAGUACUGAGUUCUGUGUGUAUGUUCAUGACUUAAUGUAGCUUCUGAUUUUUAUUUUACAUGAUUAUGAAACAAAUGAAUUCUCAGUAUUUUAUGUUGAUUUGCAUUUUACUUACACAAAAUGUUGCGCAUGAUACCAAGCUGAGUGUUCAUUAAAACCGAUGACUGAAAAGAAAUGUUACUGUGAAUUUUUCUUCUU